AUGAAUUUUUACACAUUGUACCUUAUUCUUGGACGAUGGCCACUAGGAAGACUUUCAUGUGAUUUAUGGCUAAGCUUGGAUUACACAGCCUGUUUAACAUCUCAGUACACUGUACUCAUCAUAACUAUUGACAGGUUCUGUUCUGUGCAUAUACCUGCUAAGUACAGAAAUUGGAGAACUGAUCGGAAAGUGCUUAUUUUAGUGGCUAUCACAUGGAUAAUACCAUCGUCUGUAUUUUUUACUACAAUCAUGGGAUGGCCUUACUUUAAUACAAGUGUUAGUCCUAGACGAUCUGAUGAAUGUUAUGCAGAGUUUUCAAAUGAUCCUGUUUUCAAUACAAUCUUCACAGUAUGCUAUUUCUGGAUUACAUUAUGCGUAAUGUUAGGAUUAUAUGUCGGGAUAUAUCGUGUUGCUGCUGACUUACAAAGACGAAGUGAUGAAAAAAGAAAUCGUGUUUCUGGACUAAUCACUAGCAAUACGCAAAAUGGUAAAAGUAACAAGCAAAUGAAAAUCAAUAGUCAAAUAAAUCCUUUGCAGAACACGAAUCAGAAAGGCACAAAUGCUCAGACUUAUCCCAACAGUAGCAGUUUGGGUUGUCCAGGAGAUUCAUCUGGUUUCGACUCAGAUGAAGGUAAACUGAACCCUGUUAAAUCUAAUGUUUUGUCAAAAACUGCUGAAAAGCGGAAAAUGUAUUCACAGAUCAAGGGACAUAAUGUAACACAACCCAUACCUGAAUCACAAAUCCAGCAUUCUGUCUCACCAUUUCAGAAAAUUGAAGCUCGGUGUGAUGUCCUACCAGGUGUUUUGGAAAAUGUUCGCAUUAUCCCGCCAAAACCAAAAGUAAAUGAUUCAUCAAAACCAAUGCCAGAUAAUUUUGACGACUCUGCAGAAGGGGAUAUAGGUUAUGUUUUACCAGCCUCUGUGAUGCUUAAUGAAGGUAUUGGUCUCAUGAUCAGCUCACCGGUGUUAACUGAUGAUGACAGUGGACUUGAGGUUAACUAUUACCAUCCAGCCUUGUCAAAAUUGAAAAAGGAAAGUUCAACUUCUGAAUUCUUUGACUUUUUAAAUGAAGACGAAACUGAUGCAAAAACAAAAAAGCAAGAUCAAAUUGGUAAUCAGAAGAAAGAGUCUAAACGUGGAGAAAAUAAUCAAUCUGGAACUGAUCAAGAAUAUCAAAAUCGUGUUAUGGAACAGUUUAAACAAAGAUUAGCUGCUCUAAAUAACCAAACUGUGAAACAUCGUGCUGCAAACUGCAUUAAGCCUAAUGAUCAGCCAACAAAUGUAGGCUUAUCGAAGUCCAAACUGACCACCAAUCAUUCACGACUCACUCUAAAUACUUCAAACUUUUCCGAGUCUACAUCAUCGAAAGGCACUGAGAAUACUACAAAUAAUCUUUGCAAUAAUAAUAAUGAAAGUCGCACUGUAAAUUGUGUAGCAAAUCAGAAAGCACAGUUUUCUAGUAGUAACAUAGAAGGCUCUAACUCUACUGAUGCUGAUAUUAAUUUACAAUCCCCACUGUUUGCGAACAAUUCAUCUCCAAUCUGGAAAUCUCGUCCUGUAUGCUGUGAUGGUAGUGCAAGUGCACCUUGUUCUAUUAGAAGCUAUCAGUGUUUCAACAGACGCAAACAAUCAGAUGAAUGUAUUAGUCAACAAAUAUGCGUUAUUUGUAUGAGUCAACAACAACAGCAACAACAAGACUCUGAUACUCUACAAUCAAGUUCAAGCUAUGGAGACUUCACUAGUCCAGUUGUCUGUGAUGAAAAGUGUCUGUGUCACUCACAAACAUAUACUCAUAAUGCCAAUUCAACAAAAGUAUCCAUUGGAACACGUUUAUUAUACUAUUUAAAGACAUUUAAAUUGAAAUCUCCUUCAGUAAAUAUUGUUGAACAAGUUAAAAAGUCUUUAAUUCGUAGAAAAUCAAAACAAGAAGUGAUUGAACGUGGAAGACGUGAAAAUCGAGCACGUAAAGCAUUGAGAACAAUCACAUUUAUAAUGGGUGCAUUUGUUAUAUGCUGGACACCAUAUCACAUACUUAUUAUGAUAAAAGGUAUAUGCGAUGAUAUUCAGCAGAAAUACACCUGUGUCAAUGAAAUAUUCUACAGUGUAACUUACUGGCUAUGCUAUAUGAAUUCACCUAUUAAUCCAUUUUGUUAUGCACUGGCGAAUGCACAAUUCAAAAAGACAUUUCUACGAAUAUUUCAUGGGGAUUUCAGAAGGUUAUGA